AUAAGAGUAAACCCUAGAUAUAAAUUUCAGCGUUCUGCUUCAGACUUGAAGAUUUUUGUUUGAAGCAGCAGACAUCGUCAUCUUCGUCAUUCCACAUUGAAUCGCAACCAUGUCGAAGAGAAAGAAUAGAGAGCCCAAGGAAGAAACUGUAACUCUCGGACCUGCAAUUCGUGAGGGGGAGCUUGUUUUUGGAGUUGCUCACAUUUUUGCUUCUUUCAACGACACAUUUAUUCAUGUCACUGAUUUGUCUGGGCGUGAAACCCUUGUUCGUAUCACUGGUGGAAUGAAAGUGAAGGCUGACAGGGAUGAAUCUUCACCUUAUGCAGCUAUGCUUGCAGCUCAAGAUGUUUCUGUUCGAUGCAAGGAGCUUGGAAUUACUGCUCUACAUAUUAAACUGCGAGCCACUGGAGGGAAUAAGACCAAAACCCCGGGUCCAGGUGCUCAAUCUGCUCUUAGAGCUCUUGCCCGAUCAGGCAUGAAAAUUGGUCGCAUAGAGGAUGUGACUCCUAUUCCCACCGACAGUACUCGCCGAAAGGGAGGAAGAAGAGGAAGGAGGCUCUGAAAAGUUGGAUAUCGGUUGCGAGUUUGCGAACUAUCGUCACUCAGCUUUUGCCCAAAAUUUCUCAAAUGUUUCUUCUUUGAGCAAGCUUCUUUGCAGUUUCUUUUGGUACUUUGGAGAGUUUGGAUUAUUCCAUUUUGACAAUUUUGAAUAUUUAAUUGAACUCAGACCCUUUCAUAUU